AAUCAUGUAUCGAAUAUGUAGCCUGUUAUUUGUUUUAUUCACCGGCCAGGCCCUGGGAGCGGAUAUUUUAAUGGCCACAAUGGGAGGCACAAAGUCACACAAGAUACCAUUUUGGGAGCUUGCGAAAGGAUUGAUAAACAGAGGCCACAACAUAACCUUCUUAAGUGGAUUUCCGGCCGAUUUCCAUAUCGAUGGUCUGCAUGAGGUGUCACCAGCCAGUCUGGUUGAAUAUAUAAGUAACUACACAAAUUGGGAUCUGCUGGGUGCCCGAAUGAAUGGCGAAAUGCCCAUCAAGCCUUGGGACGGGCUCCGCUUUGCAUUUGAGUCAUGCGAAGCAAUGUUGUCGGAUCCGGAUACAAUGGAUCUAGCGAAUCGUACCUUUGAAUUGGCUAUACUUGAUGGCGCAUUUCCCGAAUGCUUGCUGGGCUUGAUAUAUCAGCAUAGAACACCGUUUAUGUAUGUAAACACCGUUGGAUUCUACAUGGCCAGUUUGUCCCGGGCCGGAAAUCCCGCAAGCUAUGCGGUAACACCAAACUUUUACUCUCGCUUAACGGACACAAUGAGUCUUUACGAGCGGGCAUUGAAUACGGGCAUGCAAAUCGGCCAGAAUAUAUUGCAUAAUUAUGUGAUGCGUCGUACUCAUCGUAUAUUGCGGGAUCAUUUGGGUUCACAUAUUCCGCAUCCGUACGAUAUGUCUCGCAACGUUAGCUUCAUUCUACAGAAUGGACAUGCUGUCGUCUCCUAUCCCCGCCCCUUCCUUCCCAACGUGGCAGAGGUGGCUUGCAUACACUGUAAGCCAGCCCGACCAUUGCCCAAGGACUUGGAUGAUUUUAUAUCGGCCUCCGGAGCAUCGGGAUUCAUUUAUGUAUCAAUGGGUUCCUCAGUGAAGGCUGCCAAUAUGCCGGAGUCACUACGUCGCAUGCUCGUCAAGACAUUUGCCCGUCUGCCCUACAAUGUGCUGUGGAAAUACGAAGGCAAUGAGGCCGAUAUGCAGGAUCUAACACCAAAUGUGAAGCUAUCCCGUUGGCUGCCACAGCAGGACAUUCUGGGCCAUAGUCAGCUGCGUGCCUUUGUCACGCAUGGCGGUCUGUUGAGCAUGUUUGAAACGGUUUACCAUGGAGUACCGGUGGUCACAAUGCCCGUCUUUUGCGAUCAUGAUGUGAACUCGGCCAAGGCAGAGGUCGAUGGUUAUGCGAUUAAGCUGGAUCUGGAGACACUGUCCACCAACCAACUGUACAAGGCUAUCAUGAAGGUCAUCCACGAUCCACGCUACAGAAGUGCAGCCAGAUAUCGCCAGAAUCUAUUAUUAGAUCAACGAUCCACAGCACUGGAGACAUCCAUCUACUGGACGGAGUACGUCCUUCGACACAAUGGCGCCUAUCAUCUGCAGUCUCCAGCGCGAGAUUUGAGCUGGUGGCAGUACUAUCUGCUGGAUGUGGUCGCCCUCUAUUUGGUGGCCCUUUGUGCUCUGGUGCUAAUCCUAAAACGCCUAGACAUUCGAUCGGAUAAAACGCGCAGUCAGCACUUUCCCAACAUACUGCCGGCAACGAAAAAAAAGUCAAAAAAAUUAUAAAUCCUCCGCACACACAACUAAUAAUUGGUACUGAAGAUCUACUAGGACGUGGAUAGGUUUCAAUUAUGGGCUGACAAAAGUUAACUUAAUCACAAAUUAUUCAAAAUAAGUACGACCUCAAAAUGUAAACAUAUCUGGCUUUAUAUUUGUUAGUGAUUUGUCAUCCUGUUAAAUUCGGUUCACUCUAAUUUGGUAAAAGUGCCUUGUAUAUAGUGUCUAUAUUUAUAAUUGUAAACUUAAGUAGUUGUUUGAAGAACACACAAAUUUUGAAUGUCCUCAAAUUUUAAGCGCGGAAAAUUUAAGCCAAAGUCUACAAAUCGUUAAAAUUAAUCAUUAUCUUUCUCUAUGUACGCAAUUUUUAUUGUUAAAGCGCUAUGGAGUAUUGAACUAAAAUAAAGGUUGAACGUGUGGUUUUUAAAUGUA